AACACUGUUCUAUUGAGCUAGUGUUGUUGCUCCUUUUUUUCCUUUUUUUGACUCUCUUUUGGGAUCUCCUCUUAAUGAAGCCUCUUGAUGUUGGUUGUGGAAUCUGAUGCAGUAAUUUGUGGGAAAAGAAUAAAAGAAAGAAAAAAAAAUUUCAUUGUGGAACAACCCUUUGAAAGUUGUGGCUGCUUCUUUUGUUCUCUUUCCUGCAAGUUGUGUUUUGGUUUGUAGUAGUGGGGUCUUAAUUUUUUUUUUUCCCUGUGAAUUAAUUGUGUUAGUGGGCCUCUGAAUAUUGCUUUUCUUGUUUGUAUGUUCUUCCCUCUUCUAUUUUCUCCUCCCAUCUCUUUCUCCUAUUAAUACUGAUGUUUCUGCCACUCAGAUUUGAAAAGAAAAGGGGGGAGGGGCAGGUAAUGCUCCUCCUCAGGUAAGCCACCAAAAUAAUUUACUUGAUUAGGGUUUGCAGUUGGUGUUGGCUGAUGGGAUUCUGAAGAUAGAUAGCUGGUGAUGGAAGAUACUGCUCUGCGCGCCAAUAGCUUAUUGGGGCAUUUAGUUUCAGAAACUGUUGGAGAUUUGGAUCUCAUAGAUGAGCUGCUGUCAGCAUCAGACUUCCUCCUGCAGCCUGAUUCCUCCACUUCAACCAGCCUCUUCAAUUCUUCAGCUUUCUCGCCGGCUUUUGAGAUAAGCGAUGGCAGCCCGAACCCAAUUUUGCCGCUAAGCGACCGUCAAGAAGAAGAGUCAGAAAAGUCGGCUCACUCCACAAGUACAACCUCGACAGGUGAGAACCAGAUCCCACCAGUCAUCCCACCAGCACAAGCAAAUGAAUUGGUCUUGAAGAGCCCCCAGUCGGACCUGAGUAUGAGCUCGUGGUUUCAGCCCGGCUAUCCAAUUGCGUCGGUGACAGAACGAUUAAAUCGCGCACUCGAUUACAUCAAGCGCCAGAGAAGAGAUGGGGAUUUCCUUGUUCAGGUAUGGGUUCCUACCACGAUUGGAGACCGACAAGUGCUUACUACUUGCGGGCAGCCUUUCUUGUUCGACGCGAACUGCGAGCGGCUCAUGAACUAUAGGUUGGUGUCAAUGAAAUACCAAUUCUCGGCCGACGAGAAUUCCAAUGAAGCAUUGGGCUUGCCCGGUCGGGUUUUUCUCAGGAAGGUGCCGGAAUGGACGCCGGAUGUUCGAUACUUUGAUUCCCACGAGUAUCCCAGGGUUAUUCAUGCUCUGUAUUAUGACAUCCGCGGCUCGAUCGCACUUCCUAUAUUCGAGAGGGAUAGCAGGUCCUGCUUAGGGGUUGUGGAGCUGGUAAUGACCACUCAGAAGGUCAAUUAUAGCUCUGAGCUUGAGAGCAUAUGUAAUGCUCUUCAGGCAGUUGAUCUUGCCAGCUCCGAAACUUCAAGUGUUGCCCGAGUAAAAGUGAAUAACAAUUCUUAUUUAGCAGCAAUUCCAGAGAUCCAAGGAGUUCUAAAAACUGUUUGCGACACCCACAAACUACCAUUAGCUCAAACUUGGAUUUCAUGCAUCCAACAAGGCAAGAGGGGAAGCCGUCACACCAAAGAAAACUAUAAGGAUUGCAUAUCCACCGUCGACGCAGCUUGCUACAUUCGAGAUCUCACCAUGGCAGGCUUUCACCAAGCAUGCUCCGAGCACCAUUUGUUAAGAGGUCAAGGUGUGGCAGGGAAUGCAUUUAUGACGAACCAACCAUGUUUCUUUUCAGAUAUAACUGAUUUCAAGAAGACAGAAUAUCCGCUCUCCCACCAUGCUAAACUGUUCAAUUUGAAGGCCGCAGUGGCUAUUAGACUACGGAGUGUUUUUACAGGGAAUGCAGAUUUUGUGCUCGAGUUUUUCUUACCGAUCGAUUGCAUAGACAGUGAGGAACAGAAACUAAUGCUCAAUUCAUUAUCUAUAACUAUACAACAGGUCUGUAAAAGCUUAAGAGUUGUUACUGCUAAAGAAAUGAAGGACGAGGCUUUGCUAGAAGCUAGUGAACUAAGAUACCAAGAUUUUCUUUAUGACAAAGCUGUCCCUAGUGGCGAAGAGACAGUAGGAGUUUCUGAUGAUGUAUCAUCAUGGAUAACAAAUAUUAUGGAGACUCAACAAAAGAGAGUACAGACUGCGGUUUCUUCCCGUAUGCCUGUGGAAUUUAAUAAGCAGGAUAAUGAAGGAUUCAGUAUAACAACUCGAUGGGAUCCCUCGGAGGUGGUAUUGCCUGGUGGGAAUAUCUUAUCAGGAUUUGAGCAGAACCAGGAUGCCCCACUUACAGAUGCAACCAAUUGGAGUACUGCUUUCCCCAGCAAACAUAGCCAUUUGACUUCUGAGAAAGCAGCAGAGAAGCGACGUACUAAGACAGAAAAGACUGUCAGUCUCCAAGAGCUUAGAAAGCACUUCGCUGGUAGCCUAAAAGAUGCUGCAAAGAAUCUUGGAGUGUGCCCCACGACUCUCAAGAGGAUAUGCAGGCAGCACGGGAUCACCCGAUGGCCUUCACGAAAGAUCAAGAAAGUUGGUCACUCCUUAAAGAAAUUGCAAGUUGUUAUCAAUUCUGUUCAGGGUCCUGAAGGAACCUUCCAGCUCAGCUCCCUGUACGAAAGUUUCACGAAAUCUGGAUGGUCAGAUAAGGAUUUGCACGGCAAUACCUCAUUUCCAACAUUGAAGGAUCUGCCGGAGUCUUCAAAAAUGAAUCAACUACAAGAAGGAACAUUCACUUCACAUACUUCUGAACCAAAUUCUCUUUCCUCUUCUUCGUGCAGUCAAAGCUCAAGUUCUAGUCUUGGCUGUUCCAGCGGGAUAAAGCAGUAUGGUAGUGCUCCUCAGCUUGCAAUCAAACAAGAAAAUGAGGUGGAGAACUUGUCUAAGCAAGCUCUGAACCAGGUGGAACUACAAGUGCCAACUGAAGAAACUCCAGUAUCUACUUGGAAAUCGCAAACUAAUCUGUUCCCCAGUGAGCAUCAACCUGUAGAGAAUCGGUCCACUUUGCCAAACACUAGACAUGAUUCUCUUAAAGUAAAAGCGAUUUAUGGGGAUGAGAAGAUUAUAAUCAGAUUGCAGCCUAAUUGGGGUUUUUAUGAUUUAAAACAUGAGAUUUUGAAGCGGUUUAAUAUUGCUGGCACAGUUCCAGUGGAUCUUAAGUAUUUAGAUGACGAAUCCGAGUGGGUUCUAUUAACAUGCGAUGCAGAUCUCAAAGAGUGUGUUGAUGUAUAUAAAUCAUUGAGUGCUCAUGCAAUAAAAAUUUCUGUGAAUCAUGCAGCUCAGCCAAACAUCAGAGCUUCUUUUGGUCACACGGGACUCUCGUGAUUGAGAUUUUAUAUCAUUCAGGACACUGCUUUAAGCUUGACAGCUUUGAAGGGCGACCGCAUAAACUUUUCUCAAAUUUUACAAAUAUGUCAGAAAAUAGAAAUUAGUCUAGAAAGUAGAGUUUACUUACGAAGGCCCAAAUUGCAUAAACAAGAUGAUUAUAGAGGUAUUUACCAGCAGGGCUGGGUAUCGUGAUUACUUGGGCAUGGUUCAUCUGUACAUAUGGUUAUCACAUAUAGUAAGUUAUAUUCAAUGCCGAUCCCGGUAUCUCUAAUAAGGACCUGUACAUUGAAUGCGAAUGCGUGGACCCAAUUCUGUAAAAAUUAUAGCCAUUGCACUAUUGUACUUGCAAGCACUUCAUGUUUUAGUAAUCUGAAGUGGAAGCUAGUGCAAUAGCUGAAAAAGUGUUCCAGUUUAGGGAGGGUGCAGAUGUUUUGUGGAGUUCUAAACCAGGUGCAGUACCCUUAAUGAAGGUGGUUAAGGGUUAAGCUGUCCAAUAUUUGCAAGAUUGUAACCAUCGUAACAUCGCAGAUGAUAAGACUUACUGUAAUGUGAUCUAUUGAUUAUGUAGCACAAAUUGAUCUUCGAAAGAGCUGAUGCCUAUAUAGAAGGGAAUGUAAAUUGGUGUACUAUAGCGUUGGCGUUGUCUAUAACAACACCACACUGAUGUCCAAAAUGCUCAGGAAUGACUGCAGGUGAAGGUCACAGCUGGAGAAACCGACCAUCGCUUUUGGCAUGCCCACAUGAACAGAAAGGCAUAUUAUGGUAACUCCAGCAAGAUUGUAAAUUUUGCUAAUUGGCUCUUGCAUCUCAAGUCUGUAAAGCUACUACAUUGGUUUUUGAAUGCGAUAUUUUCCAGGCUUGUACUGCAGAUUUAUUUUUUCUUUUUUCUUUUUCUUUUUUCUUUUUUCUUUUCUCUUGUUCUGUAUACAUGUUGGUGUUUUAUGGAAUUAGACACAUAUCUGUAAGUUUUAGCUCCUGUUGCUGUGCAUUUGGCCUGUUUGCAGAAA